CUUUUACCUCCAACUUAAUGCAGGUAUGUCACUCUGGUGAACAUGUAUGUUAUGGUGACUGCUGCUCCCUGGCUCAGGUUUAUGUAACCCCGCAGAGGCAGAGGAGAGGAAGGGAAGGCUGCGGUCCACUGAUAUGACUGUUGAGCAGUGAUUCGUGUGGUUAUUGUUAUCACCAGUGCUCACUUUCUUUUCCCUCCGCUGGGUGACCUUGCUGCUUCCUCCUUCCCUCGUUCCCCGCCACUCCCGUCUCACACAAACUGUGUACGCGUUUGGAUUUUCACCCUGCUCUGCCUGAGGUGUCCUCGUCCAUCGUGCUGAACUUGCCCGAAAUGUCCAGCAUGAUCCCUGUAUUCCUGACAGGGCUCUGCCUCCUGUUGCUCAGGUCCACUUGCUGUAGUGGCAGCAGGAUUCUGGUGGUGCCUGUUGAUGGCAGCCACUGGAUCAACAUGGAGGUGAUCCUCCGAGAGCUGCACUCCAGAGGGCACAACAUCACCGUGCUGCGCUCUACCAAGAGCUGGUACAUCCCCAGUAACUCUUCAAUUUAUACUUCUAUUCAUGUUAGCAUGUUGGAGGAUGAAACAGACAGGAGCUACUACGAUGAGAUGCUCCUUGACGUAAUGGAAUGCCGCAGGUCGGCGUCUUUUAUACGCACCUUCUGCCAGCAGUACUUGAUCACAUCAAUGUUGGGAUUGGGCCAUGAGAAGCUGGCCAGAGCAGCUGCGACAAUGUUAGACGAUGCUGUUUUCAUGAAGAUGCUGCAAGAUGCCAAGUUUGACUUAAUGUUAACAGAUCCUGGCCUGCCUAUAGGUAUUCUUCUGGGUAGUUAUCUCAAGCUGCCAAUGGUUUUCAAUGUGCGCUGGAUCAAUGCUGGGGAGUGCCAUUCAACCAUAGCUCCCUCUCCUGUCUCCUACGUGCCUGUGUCAGGAAGCGAACUUCAUGAUCAGAUGGAUUUUCUGGAAAGGACCAAGAAUAUGUUACACUAUCUCUAUAGUGUUGCUGAACAGCAGUUAGUCAUUAACCCCGCCUACUCAGAUCUGCUCCAGCGACACUUCCCUCCUGGAACCGACCUGCCGUCUUUGCAGCGUGCGGCCGAUAUCUGGCUGCUGAGGGCAAAUUUUGUCUUUGAGUUCCCUCGGCCCACCAUGCCCAACGUGGUUUACAUUGGUGGUUUCCAGUGCAGAAAGGCCCGUCCCCUAGCUGCUGAGCUGGAAGCCUUCGUGCAGAGCUCUGGUGAGCACGGUGUGGUGGUCAUGUCUCUGGGGACGCUGGUGUCAGCGCUGCCUCGUGAGGUCACAGAGGCCAUUGCUGCCGCUUUUGCUCAACUCCCCCAGAAGGUGGUGUGGAAGUUUUCGGGCAAAAAGCCUUCAUCCGUGGGGAACAACACCCUGCUGGUGGACUGGCUGCCUCAGAACGACCUCCUGGGACACCCCAAGACUCGCGUCUUUGUUGCCCACGGAGGCACCAACGGCAUUUAUGAGGCCAUUUACCAUGGCAUUCCUGUUCUGGGCCUGCCUCUCCUCUUUGACCAGUUUGACAACCUACACCGGCUGAAGGUGCGCGGGGCAGCUCGGGUGGUGGAGGCCAAAUCACUCACCAAGGAAGACUUCCUGGAGGCUCUAAAGGACAUCCUGGAGACUCCCUCAUAUCGUAACAACAUACAGCAUCUCUCACAGCUACAUCAUGACCAGCCGAUGUCUCCUAUGGACACUGCAAUCUUCUGGAUUGAGUAUGUCAUCAGGAACAAAGGAGCAGCCCAUCUGCAGUCAGCAGGCUUUAACCUGCCUUGGUACGCCUACUUCUGCCUGGAUGUGGCGGUUUUAAUUCUGGCCAUCAUUGGAGCCUUUGUCUGGGCUUCAGUUUUAGUGUGUAGGUUUCUCUGCUGCCGAAAGUCCAGAAAAAAGAUGAAAGCUGAGUAACUGAUUAUGAAAUGACUAAUGCUUGGUGACAGAGUUUAACAGCUGCUGACUCUCAUAGUCAUAGUUAGUUAGUGAAUUUCUCCAUUGUGAGAUCAAUAAAGUCUUAUCUGCAGUAAGUCUUAUCUAAUAUCUGUAUCAUAU